CCAAACGUGUCUGUCAAAAAUGACUGCUAAUCCAGUUGUCGAGUGACGUCAUUUUAUGUAAAAAAAAUUGUAAAUUCUAAUAAAUUGUCCUAUUGAUUAUAAAAUAAAUAUAAUAAUUCAUAAUUGUAACCAUGGCUGAUCCUAAAUAUGAAAAUCUCCCGGGCAUAGCUUACGACCAACCUGAUGUUUAUGAGACCGGUGAUUUACCGGAGGCCGACCAGCCUGACCCUACUGAGGAAGAAGAAAAUGAAUGUAUUGAGCAAUUGCAUUUAUCUGUGAAAGAUUCUUUCAACAAGUUUAAAGGGAGGUUUUUAACUGGUGCUGUUGACUUUUCCGAUAGACUGAGCCGAAAAUCUCGAAUUGGAUAUAGGGCUGGAGAAUGGGAAUUGGCAGCUGAAGGAGAGCCAGAGACUAUCCUAGAGCGGUACAACAGGCUCCGUUGUGAGUUCUCAGAGUUACUUGAACAAGUGGCAGAGCAGCAGAACAAAGCUACUGAGAGUGAAAAGGACGAGUACACGAAGCUAGCAGUUCAAAUCAACUCAACAAAGAAAUUACUAGAAGAAUUAAAAUUGGAAGAGGGAGAACAAAUUGAUCCCAAAGCAGAGAAGUUAAAGGAAUACUUAUCAAGUUCCAAUAAGAAGACAAAGCAGGGAGAGGUGGCGACUGCCCACCUGAAGCUGAAACCUGAAGUCAACCUGGCAUACACCACUCGGAUAGCGCAGCUUGAACAUAGGUUACACAAGUUGGAGCAGGCAGCGGGAGUAAGAGAUGAAGAGGCAUUUAGGAGACUGCAGGCAGCUACGGGACAGGCGACACUAUGCGGCGCGGCGGCGUCGCUGGCCGCCCAGACGUCCCUGCUGCGGCCGGCCGAGCUCGCGGCCGCGGAGGCGCGCGUCACGUCGCUGCUGUCCAACGUCGACGCUCUGAAGGCAGCCGUCAAACCUGCCGACCCUGAACUGGAUGCUAAGGUGAACGAGCUGUACAAACUACUGAAGCAGAUAGAUGGUAUAUCACAUUCCGAGAUCUUGGAACGCAUGGAGGCACUGGAAGCCUUGCACAACCAGGCGAGUAACUUCGGUAAAUCACUGACGGAGUUGGAAACCCUGCAGACUACGAUAGCGAGUGGGGUGCAGAACAACAAGGAGCUACUACAGGGUGUUCAAGAAGUGUUCGCACACAACGUGGACAGUGUCAACAAAGAGAUCAAGAAGCUAGACGAACGGAUCUCGAAGCUGGCCGCGGCGUGAUGAGCGAGUCUCGUGUUGAUACUAAAUCGAGAAGCUUGUCGAUGAAAUUAGUCGAUUGUAGUGGUGCACCUCUAUUCUACCGUUCUUAUCGAUUUACUUGAAUCGAUUGCUGAAUGUACUCAAAUCGAUUUUGUUUCUUUAGUUUAUUUUGAAAGAAUAUACCAUGACAAUAUUUUCUUUUUUAACUAUUUGAAUAUCUAUUAUUUUUUUGCAUUUUUUCGCAAUAAUUUAGUCGACAAACUUAUCGAUUUGAAACAACACUCGGUUUAUUGAAUGCUCUCGAAUGAUUACAAUGUUAUAAAACAAUUAUUUGAGAAUAACUUUAUCACCAUUUUGUAUGAUUUGCUCAUAAAUACGUGCUAUACAAUUGUUACCGCUAUUUCUUGUAAAUAACGCGAAAAUAACUUACUCUUUACCGUACAAAUCUGGUAUUUUAUUCAGCAACUAGGAACAAACUAGUAAAUUGUUUAAAUUCAACUCUAAGGUCAUUGAAGUAGAGCUCAAAUUCUAAUCUUGGCUUACAUACCAUUAAAAAAAGCGAUUUGCAGUGUGCAAUAUUUGUUUGAGCUUAUGAAUAAAUAAAAUAGUAUUGUUGAUAGUCUAAUGCAGAGUUUCUACAUCUAAAGCUCUUUGCACUGAAGUAACUAUUCCCAGUUUUGGGAAUAUGGCUUGUAGCCCAAUUAGGUUAAAUAAAUGUUUAUUUUUAUAUUCCAACUGAUUUGUGACAUAAUUUCUUAAUAGUCAAAGGUCAAUCCUACGCACGUUCGUAGGAAUUUCAACUUAAUUUCAUUCACCAGUGCGUUUAUUUUGCGGUUACAUAAAUAAUACGUACGGCAUUUUAUACUGUGUAUUAUUAUUUCAAUUAUUAAAAUGUUCACUAAUUAAUUAACUUCUUGUACGUUAUCUAUAAGAAUAGACUGCUUAAGAGAAUAUAAUUUAUUUAAAUAAAUCGAUUAUGUAGCUA